GAGAUUAAACUAGCUGAUGGAGAGGAACAAGAACUGAGGACUUUACUUGAUUACAAAGAAGGAUCAAUAUUUGAACAAGAUAAACUAUUAAAUAUUAUCAAAAGAAGAAAAGAGUAUAUUGAAAGGACACUACAGACACCAGAGUCUAAACUGAAAGUGAAGCUACUGACUAGAGAGAAGUUGAUUAAUGAAAUAUUCAAAUCAAGAAUAUCAGAGACUCAGUAUUUCCGAACCUCUCUCCUAAUGAAAGCAGGAAGAGAGGAGGCAUUAGUGGAGUAUAAGAAAGAGAUUGAGUUACUACAAGAAAAUAUAUCAAGAACUAGCGUACAACUGCUGAUGAGUGAAAAGGGAAAUAUUGAGAAGAAUGAUCAGUGUACACAGUCACCAACAGCAGAAUCUAUUUACAAAGCACGUAUUGACUAUUGUGGAAGAUAUAGUCAUCAUCUUUCAUUCAGUGAGGGAGAGGAGCUGGAGAUAUAUGGCAAGUCUGAUAGAUUUGAGUGGAGGGGAAGAUCUUUGGCGUCUGGUGAUGAGGGACGUAUUCCUAGUAGUUGUGUUUACUCAAUGUUGGAGUCACUUCAAUUGUUUGAAUUUAUACUGUCAGUGGAAGAAGUGUCCCUUCCUAAUCUACAGAAGAUAAGGAAUGAUUUAUCUAGUAAUGACGAGAAAGUAUCUCUUUUCUUGGAGACUAUUAAUGAUGAUCCUAUUAUGAUAUCUGCACUGAGACAAGACAAAGAACAACAUGAUAAAGGAUCCACUGGGAGAGUGAACUGGUACAGGAACAGGGUAUACCUUUCCUCCCCUUCUCCAAUUCAGUGUAAUGAAGUGAUUAGUAAUAUUAAUAGUAAUCAUGAAGAGAUUAAACUUGACUAUUCAUCUACUAAUAGCACAAUAUCUCUACUAUCAUCAACUAAACUGCAUACACUAAACCUGAGGAGACUUGAGAUAUGGGCCACUCCAUUAACUAAUGAUGGUAUCCAGUACUUGUGUAUACUACUAACUAAUAAUAAAACAAUACAAGAAGUAGACAUCAGUUUCUACUCCAUUAGUGAUAGAGGAGUUACUAAUAUCUGUCAAGCACUUGAACACAACUCUACACUUACCUCAUUAGUUCUUACUGAUAAUCCUCUCAUCACUUCUACUAGUGGACAGGCUCUUUCUCACCUCCUCCUCAAUAACUCAUCACUAGAUGAACUGAAUCUAAGGAAGACUUCAUUGUCUACUGAGUCAAUACUACUCAUCCUCCAGUCACUAAUGGAUAAUAAGGAGAUAAGGUCACUCUGGCUAGACUAUCGACACAAAGAGACUUGUAUUAAUACUUAUCCUAACUAUCACCUCAUACAAGACAGAGUAGACUGGGACUAAUCACUCUUCAUGUGAACUUGUGUAUCUUCACCAAAAACAAGCAACCAUCGGAAUACACUUUACAUAAGAGGCUGAUCUGUUAUUUCUAUUUGUUAAUUCCAUUAUUUUUUGAUAUACAUUAUUUUCAUGAUCUUAUUCUGAUCAAUUA